AUGGUUCGAACCAAAAAUACCAACAUAUGGGACAAAUAUACUAUGUUUAUUGACAAAAGUGGUAAAGAAUGUUACAAAUGCAAGGCAUGUGGUAAUGAUUGGGCAAAAAAUACCACUCGAUUACAAGAAUACUUAGACACAUGCACUUUGUGCAAGACAAAUAAAUCUUCAAAUAUUAAUAAAAAACAAAAACUCUUAAAACUAGAUAAUUUUACAAAGCAAGACCAAAUUGAAUUGGAAACUUUACUUGCACACAUCUUUUAUACAUCAGGUGCUUCAUUUAGCAUAGUAAAAAAUGUGGAUUUUCAAGCUUUUCUUAAAAAAGCUUCUGUGAUAUAUGCCAUAGUAGCUAAUAAUAGUGCUGAAAUUAAUAAAAAUAUUAAAGCUAUUAUAAUAGAUUAUACUUUUUGGACAGACCUUAAGAACCUCUGUAAUUUUUUAAAGCCAUUUAUUGUUUUUAUAAAACAGUUAGAAGGAGAUGAAUUAUAUCUUUCCUCAGUAUAUAAAACAUUACAAGAAUUGAAAAAUAAAUUUAUGACAAAUUUACAAGUUUCAACUAAAUUACACAAAAAUACUUUACAAGCCGCAAAAAAUUGCUAG